UUCUACAGGAGACCCAAUUCCUUCCAUUAACCUACAAAAUGUUUGAGGCAAGAUUAGUCCAGGGAAACCUCCUUAAGAAGGUUCUCGAAUCCUUGAAAGAUCUUCUAAAUGAAGCUACCUGGGACUGUAGUGAUACCGGAAUCCAGCUUCAGGCUAUGGACAAUAGUCACGUGUCUCUAGUCUCUGUUUCUCUUCGCGCCGAUGGAUUCGAUAAAUUCAGGUGUGACCGUCAGCUAGCUAUGGGAAUGAAUCUUGGUUCUAUGUCCAAGAUCUUGAAGUGUGCCGCUAAUGAUGAUAUUAUCACAAUCAAAGCUCAGGAUAACGCCGAUACCGUGACCUUCAUGUUCGAAUCCCCAAACCAGGAGAAGGUGUCCGACUACGAGAUGAAGCUAAUGAACCUGGACGCCGAGCACCUCGGGAUUCCUGAGACAGACUACGCCGCCGUUAUCAAGAUGCCCAGCGCCGAGUUCCAGAGAGUGAUCAGGGAUUUGUCUCAGUUCGGAGAAUCUCUAGUCAUCUCGUGCACAAAGGAAGGAGUAAAGUUCUCUGCUGCUGGAGAUAUCGGAGUUGGAAAUAUCAAGAUCGCACAGACCGCUAAUGUUGACAAGGAGGAAGAGGCAGUUACCAUCGAAAUGCAGGAACCUGUUUCUCUUGCUUUCGCAUGCAGAUACCUGAACAUGUUCACCAAGGCCAGUUGUCUGUCUGGUCAGGUCUGCCUCUCCAUGUCCCCUGAGGUUCCCCUAGUUGUUGAGUACAAUAUCGGAGAGAUUGGAUACAUCAGAUACUAUCUCGCACCCAAGAUUGAAGACGAAGACAACUAAAUAUCCACCAACUCCAAGAUGUCCCCCCCCCCCCUCUCAUCAGUAUAACCAAACAUCUACUGUAAAUGAAUCUGUAAAUCUCGUUGUAAACCAUUCGACAUUUUAUUGUACUAAGAACUUGAUUAAACGUUUUAUCCAUUUAAACUUUUUUCUUGAUAAAAUAUUUUUUCAGA